AUGUGGAACCCUCCCCAAGAUUAUACCAACAGACCAGUAGCUAUCCUUGGCGGUGGUGUGUUGGGCAGACGUAUUGCUUGCUGCUGGGCUUCUGCUGGAUACAACAUUCAAAUCAGAGAUCCUUCUGAGAAGCAGCGUCAAGAUGCUGUUGAGUAUUUCAACGCCAACGUAGCAUCUUACGCCGAGAACACAGGGAAGGCUUUUGGUAGCAUUACUGUUCACGAGGACCUAGAGUCUGCUGUCAAAAACGCAUGGCUCGUGUUCGAAGCUGUUCCUGAGAAGCUUAACAUCAAGAUCGAGACAUUUGCUGAGCUCGAGAAACUGGCACCGAAAGACUGCAUACUCGCAUCCAACUCAUCGUCGUACAAGUCUAGUGAGAUGAUCGAGAAGAUCAGCGACGCAACAAAAGCACGCGUGCUUAACACCCACUACUUCAUGCCGCCUGGUAAUAUGAUGGUUGAGCUCAUGACGGACGGUUACACACACCCAGAAAUCUUUCCGUUCCUAGCAGCACGUCACAGGGACGCGGGACUUUUCCCCUUCGUCGCACGCAAAGAGUCAACUGGUUUCAUCUUCAAUCGUGUGUGGGCAGCUAUUAAGCGCGAGUUCCUCACCAUUCUGGCCGAGGAUGUGUCGACACCAGAAGAGUUGGAUCAGAUGUGGACUUUGUUCUGGGGCUCUAAACAAGCUCCUUGUCAGAUCAUGGACCAGGUCGGCCUCGAUACUGUCAAAUUCAUCGAAGAACAUUACGUCCACGAAAGAGGCCUUCCCAAAGAGAAAACAGUCGACUUCCUGGAGGAGAACUACAUCAAGCAAGGCAAACUUGGAAACAAAUGUCAGAAGGGUGGUUUGUACCCUCCGUCGACACCCGACACCUCGAAGAUCGUCCUUUGCGAGAUUGGCGUAUCGAAGUCGCUGAAAGGAAAGACAACCGUCAAAGAAAUCUUGGGCAACGGGCGCUUGUUCGAAGUCUCCAAAGACGGCAGCAAGCCUGCAACCCUUCUGCCGAAGGCUGGCCUUCCCGACGGUAUCGAAUACUGCAAAACCGACAAACGUCUGUAUGCCACCGACAUGGGCACAUUCGGUAACAACGACGGACGAGUGUUCUCCUGUGAACUUGAUGGUAGCGAUUUCAAGGAGAUCGUCCCGCCUGGCAGUGUACACACUCCAAAGCAGACGGUGAUUGACGAGGAAAAUGGAAAGAUUUACUUCUGCGACAGAGAAGGUCUUCGUGUUAUGUGUUGUGACCUUGAUGGUGGUAACCUGCAGACACUGGUUCAAAAUGGCGAUUGGCAAAAACCGGAAGAAACAGCAGACCAGACCAGGUGGUGUGUUGGUAUCACACUUGCUCCCAAGCUUGGCAAGUUGUUCUGGACUCAGAAGGGCUCGCCCAAGAGUGGAAAAGGUCGCAUCUUCAGCGUCAACAUCGACAUGCCCACUGGCCAGACGGCUACAACCAGGUCGGAUAUCGAGUGCGUGUUGGAUAAGCUGCCAGAGCCGAUCGACCUUGAAUUUGAUAGCAACACCAAUAUGCUCUAUUGGACUGAUCGCGGAGAAGUUCCAUUCGGUAACACCUUGAACAGAGCAGAGAUCGAUGCAAACGGCCAUGCACGUCCGAUGGCAUCUGGUCUGUUCCCCAAGCACGAGAUCAUCGCACAGAACUUUGAUGAGGCCAUCGGACUGAGAUUGGACAACGCAAACGGAAGUAUCUAUGUCUCCGACCUUGGUGGCACUUUGUGGAAGAUCCAGGGAGGUGUCAAGUCAAAGGUAUACGAGGACAAGACAAACGCCUUCACAGGAUUUGUGAUUGUACCAUAG